AUGAACCACGACGAUUAUGACUCUCGUCUCGACCUUGUCCAUGGAGUAUUGGGCAAGCACGGAUUAAAGGCAGCCUCGGUCGAUCCGCUCGACUACGACCCCGACUGUCCGUUCCCCUUCAAUAACUUUCUGUACAGGGUGCAGCUGGCCUCGCCCGCGAACACGAAACACUUUACCGGCCUCGACCAGCCGUGCACCACGGCCGCGCCGGCCGAGGGUCUCUCCACGGUCGUCGUCCGGCUGAGCAACCCGCGUGCUGGCGGCCUGCAGCAGGCCAACCGCGUCCAGAAUGAGGUGGCUGCCCUGUACUUGGCGCAGGCUGGCAUGAAAGCAGUGCGUCCAUCUGCCGUCUCGGUCAUCCCCAGCGUCUAUGCCUGGCAGCCGCGCACGGCCGAGACCGAGGCCAAGGCCGUCUAUGGCUGGCUCAUCAUGGAGUACAAGACAGGCACGCCGCUCGACAAGCUAUUUGACGACCUGUCGCCCAAAGCCAAGGACUCGGUGCGCCUGCAGGUCGCACAGAUCGUCGCUGGCCUGCAGAGCGCGCCCCUCUCGGACGAAGCACCGCUCCUCGGCAGCGGCUACAUUGGCGGGCUCACCAUCACGGACAGCGGUGGACACAUCGCGCCCGGUUGCAUGACGACGCUCAAAGGCGGGCCGUGGAGGAGCUAUGCUGACUUUGUGCAGACCCGGCUGGCCGAUCAGCAGACCGAGGGCGGCGACAGCAGCAAAAUCAAAGACAUAUUCCCCGUCAGCGGUGUCGAAGCUACACGUCGUGUGCUGGUCCAUGGUGAUCUUACCAUGAACAACAUGCUUUACGACAAGGAAAGUGGCAAGAUCACGGGCGUUGUCGACUUUGACUUUGCCUUUAUCGGCCCUCCCGUCUAUGAAUAUCUCAUAUCGCUGCAAGACAUUGGGGGCAACUUGCCGAGUUUGAUGCAAGAGUUGGAAGGGCAUGAAUCAGUCGUGAACACGUAUCUGAGCAGCACUGCAACACCAGCAGACGAAGCGGACCUUUUGAGCGAGCAGCAAGUGGCGCUUCAAUCGACAGUGUCCUUCUUUGGGGCAUUGGCAGAUGCAAAGGCCUUGCCGCCGACGGACAUCUGGGGCAUCGUUACAUGGCUGAACCUCUAUCGGUUAGAGACGCUCCUCUGUCCGAUGCGACUAGUGCACCCGCAUUUCCUCAAAAAGAAGACAGAGGACGAGAUCGCGGAGGCACGGAAACUGACUGAGUCCAAGAUUCUCGCAUGUCUCCAAGGUCUGGGAACAUGA